UUCGAGGUACCAUAAUACGACUAGAGUUACGUGCGCGCGUUAGUUUCCGAACUUGCUACCCUCGUGCUCUCAAGAGUCAAAUUCUCUCCCCUUUACAAAAAUGCAUGUAAAAUUUACAUCUUGUACCACCUUCAACCCACCUAUCACUAUUUCGUAAACAACUAAAGUUUUAUUUUUUCACCAUUUUUAAAUUUGAACUUUUUAAACACUUCAAGAUUUUAAAACAAGAAUGGCUCUACAAAAGGCUUACAUGAUCGCAGCAACUUUCUUUUUCGCAUUAAGUAGGAAGAACUCAGACGCAGCUAUCAUCCAAGCUGCAAUGGACAUGGGAGGAGACAACAGUGAGUUCCUGCAGAUGGUCUUCAAACAGAUAGAGAAAUUGGGCAAACCGGAGGAAAAUGAAACAACAUCACUCUCCCAGGGCCACACAGAGUUGGCUGCAGCUCUGCUGAAGGUAGCUCCAGUGGUGACCAUCAAGGGCAGCGUGACAGAUCCUGUACGAGGGCUGACUGUAACGUUCACAGUGCAGGCUUCCCACGGGAUACCAGACAGCGGAGAUGUUGAUGCAGACGAUGACGACAAGGAUGACUGGGAGGGUCGGGACUGGCGGGGCUCUGGGGGGGUGCUGCACCCCAUUGUUGGAGUGGUUGAGCCAUACCUGCUCGGACUGGCGGAGCUCGUGUUCAACGGUAUCCUCAGUAGUGUCAUCGGCAACUUCCUCGAGAGCACCUCCCUAGUCGGUGAUGUACGACUGGUGUAGGUGCCUGAAUCCCCCCGUGCCCCCUCAUCGUGCAACACAACCGGUUGUUCAAGAGCUCUGUCUGGUGGAAUUAAAGCUACUGCAGCGAUAAACUCACAAAUACAACGAUAAAACUAGUUUAAAAACCAAACUAUUUGAUUUACUAACGAAACUGUAGUGUAUUUAAUUUGUUAAUCAAACCUUACGAAUACAAAGAAAAUUAUCUUUCAAAAGUUGUGUUUUUAGGCUUACAAAAUAAGAAUUAAUUUUUUUUUUAUGAAAUAAUUAGUAAUUAUUAAAAAAUAUUGUUAUUACUAUUGUUAUCAUUGAACUUUAAAAUUUGUAGCCUAUUUAAUUUCAUUGUUUACAUCUGAAAAUGAUAUUCAUAAUGGAUCUGAAACGUAAACAAAAUAAAAAGCCUUAUGCUUUUUUUGUGAAAAUAGUUAAAUUGAAAUUAGUGAAAACGCAAUGUUAAUACACUAUUUUAGCUAUUAUUUAUUAAUACUUUUGAAUUUACUGUGGGAUUCUGUUUGUAUUUGGAAAAUAUUUCAAUAAAUAUCUGUAAAAAUUAACAGAGGCUCAUGACAGCUUGACGCUUUAUAAAAACUAUUAAAAAAUAAAAUUAGAGAUUCUCAUAAAAUCCCACAAACCCCCUUUAAAAAUCUCAAAGAGGCUUAUUAGUGGAAAAGUAUAUAUGCUUUGAAAUUAAAAUUAUUUUACAUUAUUUUUUUCCUUGUUUGUUUUAACUAUUUGUGUAAUUAUUUUUCCACUCUAUAUUCAGACUGAAAAUAUACUAUGAAAUGGAUUAACCAAAAUAAAUGUAUUUUAAUUAUUUUGGAUUAAUUUAUUUGAUUUUAACUUCAAACUUUGAUACAUGUUACGAAACAUUAAACAGCCUUUUCCUUUUACUUUAUUGUAAUUGUAGAAUAAUGGUAUUGCUGUAUUUUAAUAAUAACAUGUUUAUGUAAGUUAACACUUUGGCUCCGUAGCGGCACAACGUCUAGUUAAGGACUACUCAUAGAAGUCAGCACGUGUAAGCUCUGGGAGUGAACAUGUUAUUUAUCAAUACUUCUCUGACUGCAGUAUACGAUUUUAUCACUUUGGCUCCGUAGCGGCCACAACGUCUAGUUAAGGACUACUCAUAGAAGUCAGCACGUGUAAGCUCUGGGAGUGAACAUGUUAUUUAUCAAUACUUCUCUGACUGCAGUAUACGAUUUUAUCACUUUGGCUCCGUAGCGGCCACAACGUCUAGUUAAGGACUACUCAUAGAAGUCAGCACGUGUAAGCUCUGGGAGUGAACAUGUUAUUUAUCAAUACUUCUCUGACUGCAGUAUACGAUUUUAUCACUUUGGCUCCGUAGCGGCCACAACGUCUAGUUAAGGACUACUCAUAGAAGUCAGCACGUGUAAGCUCUGGGAGUGAACAUGUUAUUUAUCAAUACUUCUCUGACUGCAGUAUACGAUUUUAUCACUUUGGCUCCGUAGCGGCCACAACGUCUAGUUAAGGACUACUCAUAGAAGUCAGCACGUGUAAGCUCUGGGAGUGAACAUGUUAUUUAUCAAUACUUCUCUGACUGCAGUAUACGAUUUUAUCACUUUGGCUCCGUAGCGGCCACAACGUCUAGUUAAGGACUACUCAGAGAAGUCAGCAAGUGUAAGCUCUGGGAGUGAACAUGUUAUUUAUCAAUACUUCUCUGACUGCAGUAUACGAUUUUAUCACUUUGGCUCCGUAGCGGCCACAACGUCUAGUUAAGGACUACUCAUAGAAGUCAGCAAGUGUACGCUCUGGGAGUGAACAUGUUAAUAAAUAUAUUUGAAGUGA